ACUUCCCGCCAUUUAACUAUUUUAACGAAGAAUAAUAAUAAAUCCCUUUUGAAAGCAACAAUCCUCUUCGCUCUGAUGACGAAGAAGAAUAACCGGUGACUAUGUUUGAAGUCCCUGGCUGUGCGCUAUUCACUUUCUUCUAUCUUCUAUUGUGUCUAUGGAGAAUGAAUAGAUAGAUUUACACAAACAGAGAAGUAAAAAAGAUACAAGCUCCAAUACAGGUCUGUCCGUUUAUGUAAACACUUCACAACUCGGAAGUUUUGUCCAGACGUUGAAGUGGAUGUUAUGAUUCAAGUACCACGAGCAAGUUAUCAACAAGUUUUGUAGAAUGUGAAUAAUCAAGACGGAAUUUAACGAUAAAUUGGCAGCUCUACGAUUCUGAAACUACAUUCAAGUGUUCGAAAUCUUUCUCAGGAUUGAAUAAAUAUAGUGCUUAUACAUUCAUCUACGAAAUAAAACUGCUGGCUACAAUAGAUACACAGCACCAUCUUGUCUCUUGCAUAACGUAUUUGUUUGAUUGAAUCCAGUAUACAGACCGUUAAUGUCUACUGUAGCCAUGUCGUUUGAAUGGCAGCCUAUAGUGACUGCACAGCCUCGAGGAAGUAUUGAGAGGGUCGAUACAUCACUCACAUCCAUUGAUCAACAGAGCAAUGAUAUUCCUCUCUAUCCGUGGUUAUAUCCCAAUGGCAAGCGUCGAUUGUGGUCUACUGGGUUAUUCAGCUGCUCUAAAGAUGUAAAUACCUGUUUAAUGGGGACGUUUGUACCAUGUCACAUGUGUUUCAUAGCCUCAUCAAUGGGUGAAAGUCUGCUAGCAGGGGCGUGUGUUCCAUUCUCUAACCUUGUCCUUAGGACAUUACUCAGAGGGCGACAUAACAUUGAGGGUUCUGUAAUGAAUGACUGUCUUGUAACCACACUGUGUCCAUGCUGUGCUCAAUGUCAGCUAGCUAGAGAGAUCAGGAUGAUACAGGAUGGUGAUGCGUUACCAUAGCAACCAAACCAAUCUUGAAAGUUACCAAAGACCAUUUGACAUCUGUAUUGUUUAAUCACUAUACUCUACUGUAUAUUGAUAUCCUCGAUAGGCCUAUAGUGUAAACAAUAAUAUGGUCUAGAAUGGAUCAGAUGAUCUAAUGAUGAAAUCAUGAAAAUGAAGUACCCAGACUGAUGGUAUAGGAGGGUGAAAUAUUAUUCUAUGUGUAACUGUUAGGAUUCAAUAAAUUGGCUCACAACUACUUAGUUAUUAAUAUCUAAUCAUGGAUGCUCAGUUUCAAUAAGGAGUUGAACGUUGAAUUAAUUUAUAGUCUCAGUAAUCGCAGAUAGUAAACGAAAAUUAAUUAUCAAAUGCCUGCUAUUAAGUAUUUGCCAACAAAGUAAAUAUUUCUGUUCCACUUGAGUAUUGUUUCUUAUUUGUCUUUAACUAUUUAAGCUCUUGAAUUAGAUAGGACAUAAUAUUUGCAAUUUGGGUUUCACUCGUGCAUGAGCCUUGAAGCUUUGAAUAAAGUCCUGUAAAAUAUCUACACCUACACUGUCCUACAGUAUAAUAUAUUUAUAUGCAUUUUGAUAAAACAGUUUCUAUUGUAUUAUUUAUAAAAUGAAUGAUUAAUGAAAAUCGACUCGACCAUACACUAUCAAAACCCUUUGCUGAAAUUUGCAUACAGAUAACAUAUUUCAAAGGGAGGAGCAUACACAUAAAAAUGGUUGGUUCAUUUAUAUUUAUAUAUUUGUAUUUUUCAAGACAGUGUCGAACGGUAUACGAUUGUGCGGUAUGCACUGUAUAGGCUUUCGUUUUCAUACAAUACAUUAUUUAUUUUUAGUUUUAUUGUGAAUUGAAUUUGUCUAAAAUUUAGUAUUUAUAUAAAUGUCGGUCUAGGGCGUCUUUUUCAGCAUAGAUUAUUAUAAAAAAGAAUGUCUAUAUAUUCAUAGAAUGUUUUACCUGCCGUUGGCCCAAAAUUCAUACCGCCACCCCUCCGUUUGUAUUAUGUCAUUUUAUUCUCAUAAUCAUGGUAGUAUUGUAUAUCACAUGGAGUAUGAAGGGUUAUUUAUAGUCCGGUAUCCAUAGAAAAAAAGAUGGUAUAGUUCAAUGGAAACCUUUAACUAAGCAUUCUGUUGUCUUUACUCACGUAUAUAGUCGAGCCGAAAUGGGUUGUGGAAAUCAACGUUAAAUGGGUACUCCGGGCUGAAAAUAUUUAUAUCUAAAUAAAUAGAGUCGAAUUCACAAAGCAAAAUGCAGAAAAUUUCAUCAAAAUCGGAUAAUGAAGUUAUUGAAUUUUGAAAUUUAGCAAUAUUUUGUGAAAAUAGUUAUAUGCACGUCAUCAUGAAUAUUCAUUAGGUGGACUGGUGAUGUCACAUCCCGACUUUUCUUUUUCUUAUGUUAUUACAUGAAAUCAUAAUCGUCAUGUGUGAAUAAUGUGUCUCCUUUAUAAUGAAAAAAGUUGCAGCAAUGAAUAUAUAUAUAAUGCAUUAAAUCAGUUAUCAAUCCAAUCUUUUUAGUUCUUGGUAUAAUUUUUUUUGGAUAAACCCAAUUUCAUAUAAUAAAAUAUAAAAAGAACAAGUGGGGAUAUGACAUCAUCAAGUUGCUCAUUGAAUAUCCAUGAAGACAUACCUAGAACUGUUUCACCGGAAUAAUGCAAAUCUUUAAAAUGCCAUAACUUUGUUAAUCCUAGUCCGAUUUUGAUCAAAUUUUCAGUGUUUUGUUUGUCUGAUUUUUCUUUAUCUGUUAUAUCAUAUUAUUCUCAGCCUGGAGCAUCCCUUUAAAGGUAUAGGAGUGGAUCCAUUGCAGUGGGUGCACAAUUAGGAGGGCCACAUGGCAUGCAUGGUGAGAAUGAGUGGGUCCUGGUUUGAAUAAUUUUGUCCUUGUCACUUUUUCACCGAGAAAAUAUCCGAAUUUGAAGUGAUUACCUUUUUUCUCCUUUCACAAAAAAUAUCUGUGCCCCUUCCAAUUAAAAAAAUCAUGGAUCUGCCCCUGGGAUAAAGGUGAUUUUCUUUAGGUUGUUAUUCUUGCCCUUGGUUUGUAAAUAAUAUUAUGAUGUAUUAAAUGUGAUACAUAAUCUUAA